AUGGAUCGGUGGCUUUGUGGAAUAGUGAGCAGUGGGGAGACACAAAGGUGGGCCAAUGGAAUGCAUGAACAGAGCCGCUACUCAUCCCUGAGUCUGUGUGAGCUGACCUGCCAAAAGGGACACAGUGGGCCCACAUAUGAGUCUCUACAGGAAGUGUUUGACAGGAAGCCAUUCAGGCCAGCUGUGAACCUCCACAACCCCACCACUGUUAACAUCUCCUUCACUCUGUAUGCUGUACUGGGCGUGAAUGAGAAGACACAGAUUCUUACGACCUUCCUGUGGUUGCGGCUGUACUGGUUUGAUGAGUUCCUUAUCUGGGAUCCUGAGUCCUGUGAUGGAAUCAGUAAAAUCUCCCUCCCUGUAAACAACCUGUGGUCACCUGAUAUUAUUGUUUAUGAGUUUGUCGAUGACGACGUGUCGCAGGCUUGUCCUUAUGUGUACGUUAACCACACUGGGUUCAUCCGCUAUGAUAGGAUGCUCCGGCUCGUCACCGCCUGUAAUCUGCAGAUCUUCAAUUUCCCCUUUGACGUUCAAAACUGCACUCUCACCUUUGGCUCCUACAUGCACACCAUCAGAGAUGUACGACUCAAAACUGCUGUGCCUUUUGAGGAGAUGUCAGGGAACUCAAAGCGCUAUCUCGAGGCCAGUGGAGAGUGGGAACUGGUGGUCAUUUUAGGAGAAGAAGGAAUUCUCAAAUUUGACAUAGAUGAAUGGGACAUCAUUACUUUCUGGGUGGUAAUAAAGAGGCGUCCAAUUCUCUAUGUGGUCAACCUCCUCAUACCCAGUGCCUUUCUUAUGAUUAUCGACAUCCUGUCUUUUUACCUGCCACCACACAGUGUUGACCGUGCCUCUUUCAAAAUGACCUUGAUCCUGGGUUACACAGUGUUUCUUCUCAUCAUGAACGACCUUCUACCAAGCACAGCAAAUGGCACUCCUAUUAUAGGUAUCUAUUUCUCGGUGUGUCUGGCUCUCAUGGUAAUUAGCCUGCUGGAGACAGUUAUCAUCACCAAUGUGCUCCACCACAACUCAAGGAAGUAUAGGGAGGUUCCACAUUGGGUCCAAGUGAUUGUGCUACGCUACAUUGCUUGCAUCAUCUGCUACAGGUGGCUUGAUGAUCCUUCAGAUGGCACAAUGACAAAAGAAGACAGAAGUGUCCCCUGGACCAUCCCAACCUCAAACACAACCUCCAACCAACACCCAGCCAUCUGCACAUCUGGGAGCAGUGGCCUGACUGUACCUGAGCUCACAGAGAUCUGUCAUGACCUGAAAGCGAUGCGUGCCCACCUAACUCUCCUCCAGAGAGAGACUGAACUACAGGACCAGUGGUGUCAUGUUGGGUACAUCUUGGACCUCCUGCUCUUCCGCAUCUACUUGCUGCUCAUCACCUGCUAUGCACUUGUCAUCAUCUCCAUGUGGUGCAUCUGGAUGUACCACUGA